GGAAGAUGGGGAUUUUCGUAAUUUCAUCUUGUUCAAUUCAUUUCCAUUACUAAAUCUCAAAAAGCUAAAAAGAAAUUUUAGUGAAUUUCAGUGGCGGUUUAUCAAAAUUGUUACACUAUAAACCGCCAAAAACUCAAAUACCGCCACGAAAUUCAAAAAAUGGAAAAGGGCCCAAAACUUGAAAAAUAGGCGGCACCACAAAAAAUUAGAAGAAAUCAAUCUCGACCGUUCUUUUUUGACCUUUUAUCAACUGUUUCAAUCCAAUGUUCAACACUACUCCAGGUCAUAAAUCCGCAUACCUCCGGAUCAACCAAUCACAAACUUCUUAUCUCCUCUAUAUAAGCAACACUUCUUUGUUCCAAAAUUUCACAUCAAUUCUCAUCCUCUGAAUUCUCAAUCUCAUUUUUCAAAUCUCUCUAAUUCUCAAGUUUUCUGAAAUUUCUAAUGGCGCCCAAAGCUGCAGAGAAGAAGCCCGCUGAGAAGAAGCCAGCAGAGGAGAAGAAGACCGCCGCUGCUGAGAAAGGUCCAGCCGAGAAGAAGCCCAAAGCCGGGAAGAAGCUCCCCAAGGACGCCGGUGCUGCUUCCGGCGACAAGAAGAAGAAGAGGGUGAAGAAGAGCACGGAGACCUACAAGAUCUACAUCUUCAAGGUGCUGAAGCAGGUUCACCCAGACAUUGGGAUCUCCAGCAAGGCUAUGGGCAUCAUGAACAGCUUCAUCAACGACAUCUUCGAGAAGCUUGCCCAGGAGUCGUCCAAGCUUGCCAGGUACAACAAGAAGCCCACCAUUACUUCCAGGGAGAUCCAGACCGCUGUGAGGCUUGUUCUUCCAGGUGAAUUGGCUAAGCACGCUGUUUCUGAAGGCACCAAGGCUGUGACUAAGUUUACCAGUUCUUAGAUUUGGGGAUUUUAAGUCUGAAUUUGGUGAAAUUAUUUUGGUUUAGGGUUUGAAGUUUUAGGGAUCAGGCUAUUAGUAGGAUUUACUUUUAGCAUUGGUGUUAGUAUGAUAUUAGUAUGAUAUAGUCCUUUCUAUUUACCGUUUUACAGAUUGUUCUUCGUUUCUGCAGUUCAACUGUUUGCUAAAAGUACUUUAAUAUCGCUGUAAUUGCUUAUGCUGGUAAUUGUUGAUGUAAUGACUUGGGAAGGAUCUUUACCUCAGAUUUAGUUGAAUUUGUGCACUGUUUCUUAAUGAUAUUGGAUAAAUUGCUGUUUUGCUUUCUAUAUUUCAAUUUUCCUACAAAAUCUACUGAGACUAAACUAGUAUCUCAGAGUGGGCUAAUCCUUGCUCUGUUCAUUGAUCCUAAACUUUACGGUGUAAAUUUGUUGAUUUCUACCAUAUAAUGAAUCGAGGUAAUGCCCUCUUAUUACAGUAUGAAAUACUAGACAGAAUUCAAUUCUAUCCCGUGGGCUACAGAUUCUCGUCUGGAAAUGAUUGGUUUCUUAGAAUUGACAAACCUUUUGUGAUAUGCAUAUAUGCUUUCUCUGGAGAUUGAGAAGGUGAAUUGACCUGUUAAGAGCCUGUAUUUGCAGCCGCCUUUGCACGGUUCAAAAAACACAAAAUUGAAUCUGAUUCAGUUGCUGAUGUUAGCAGCGUGUUUUUUACUCCAUUUGGUACCCAUCUAACAGCAUCAGUUCCAUCAUAAGGUUCCUUCAAGAACAUGGACCGCAGCCUCUCCCUGCUCCUCUUGUCCGCCUUCCACAACCUACCGCCGACCCCUUCUUCCGCUUCCCCUUUCAAAAGGUCGGAUCUACAUCUUAUCUCUCUAAACACCAAAGAUCCUGAUUUCUCAUUCUUCUUUAUGAGUUGUGUCCCUGUUUUUAUCAACCCCAAGGCCCCCAACUGAGCGCCCCUGGUUUUGGCAUCUACGAAUUACUCAAAGAAGUGGAGGGAAUAUUUGGCUUUUGGGAACUUUAUUGCAAAUGGAGCAAUGCCGCAGGAAUACUGACAAGCGAAUCAGAAUCAGUCAAACCAUUUGCAAGAAACCUACUGUAUGCAUUCUCUACACCAGUGAAUUAUAACUAAAUUUGUUUUAAAGAUUCCAUUGUUCAUAC